UAAAAUUCAAGCCAAAAAUCAUUUACUUUCUAUUUCUUAUCAACCACUUUUUUUCUUCUGUCUUUGAACUCUUUUUCAUUCCCUUUCUCAUCUCUCAGAAACAAUGUCUAAUAUUAUUAUUAUUUUCGAUUUUGACAAAACUAUCAUUGAUUGUGAUAGUGAUAAUUGGGUUAUCGAUGAAUUGGGUUUCACAGAUUUGUUCAAUCACCUUCUUCCCACAAUGCCUUGGAACUCUGUCAUGGAUAGGAUGAUGAUGGAGCUUCAUUCAAAUGGUAUUACCAUUCAAGAGAUUGAAAAGGUUCUUCAUAGGAUUCCAAUUCAUCCCAGAAUCAUACCUGCUAUUAAAUCAGCACAUGCUUUAGGGUGUGAUUUGAGAAUUGUUAGUGAUGCCAAUGUGUUUUUCAUUGAAACUAUUUUGAAGCAUUUGGGAAUAAGAGAAUGCUUCACAGAGAUUAACACUAAUCCAGGUUAUGUUAAUCAACAAGGAAGAUUAACAAUUUUGCCUUAUCAUGAUUUCAAUAAGGCUUCACAUGGUUGUACUCAUCCUUGUCCUCCAAACAUGUGCAAGGGUUUAAUCAUUGAUAGAAUUCUAAACACAGUUAAUGAAUUGGAUAACAAGAGGUUUAUCUACCUUGGUGAUGGUGCUGGUGAUUACUGUCCUAGUUUGAGAUUUAGAGAAAGAGAUUUUGUGAUGCCAAGGAAGAAUUUUCCAGUUUGGGAUUUGAUAUGCAAAGAUUCUUCAUUGGUUAAGGCUGAAAUUAAUGGUUGGUGUGAUGGAGAAGAAUUUGAACAAGUUCUGAUGAAGUUGAUCAACAAAAUUAUGAUUGAAGAAAAUGCUAAAUUGGUUUCAAGUGAUUGCAAGCUACAAACUAUAUCAACUCCUGUGUUUGAAACCUUGCCUAAAGCUCUAUCAGUUAGACCAUAGAGUUUUAGUCUACAAUCUUACCAAUGUAUCAUAAAGUAAUGAUAGGUUUUUCUUGGUGCUUUGUUUAACUUUAAUUAACCUUUUCUGAUAUUGUUCAUUCUGUUCAAAAUGGAUCUGUAACCUAUCAUAUGCGAAGAUCAAUUUUCCUUUGAAGGUGCUGAUUACUUAUUCUAGCAGCUAUAAUUUUACAAUGUGCUCUUUUAUUAAUGAUAUGUGAUACAAUGAAGUUUAUGAAUUUGGUAGGAUAUAUCAUAUAUGCAAUGUAACCACCUCCUCUUAAGCUUCCAAGGAACAAGGCAUGAGAUGAGAAAGCUCGCACAAUAAGUUGAGUCAAAUUCUAAACACAAAUCUUUUCUAUGAUUCUGAUGUGCUAUCUCCACUGCAUACAUGACUCCAAUGUGCUCAGCACGGACAUCAUUCAUAGUUCCAAGGUGACAACUUAAACUUCCCAAAUGGUCUAUGUUUGAAUUUCUGAAAAUUCUACCACAAGCACAAAUAGAUGGAGUGCAUAUAGACAUGCCAUUAGUGUUGCAUUUUAUCCAACCAAGAGUGAGAGGUUUCCAAAUAACUUUAGUAAUGUAUUUUAAUGGAGAAGGCUUAAAGGAUAGAUAAAUCUAACAUAGAAGAGUUGGAAUUUUUCUGAUUUAUGCUGCUUGAAAUAGAGACAUUGGAGGAUAUGGAGACUGUUAGGUGAAAAUUGAUAAAUCUGUUCAGCUGGGCGAAACUCACUUCUGAGCUGAAAAAACAGAAAGUUCAUUGUGGGCGUAAUCGGUUACUGUAGCCGGUUACCACAAGGGUGUAACUAGUUAUAGCUGAGCGAAAUUCACUUCUGAGCUGAAAAACAGAAAGUUCAUCGUGGACGUAACCGGUUACCGUAUCCGGUUACCACUGAAAUGAUUUUAAUUUUGUAAUAGUUGUAACCGGUUAUAGGUUUAGUGUAAUUGGUUUCAGGUCUGAGAAUUUUAUUUUUAUGUUAUUUGGCUUAUGUAACUUGUAUCCCAAUCCACUUGUAAUUGAUGUAUCAGUACCUUAGAGGUAUUCUCAUCUAUGUUUUUGACAUAUCUAACUUGAGCGCCAUGACUCCUCUCUUUCCUUUUGUCUUCUUCUUCAUCCAAUGGAAACACUCCAUAGCCAUAAUAAGACGACCUUUCAUAAAGACACUUUACUCCUCGUUAAUAAUCUCAGGAAGGAUGUGUUCGAUCCUAUUGGCUAUCGUCUUUGUAACCACCUACAUACCACAUUACAAAGGCUUAUCGCCUUGAAGUCUUUUGGGAUUGAGGGAUUUUUACACUUUAGGAUCACAAAAAUGUGAGUGUUAUUUAUGCUUCCAAGGUCUUUGUUAUUGUUCAGAACAUGAUGAAUAAUCGUGCUAAACUCAGGACCUACAAUGUGCCAAAACUUUUGGAAGAAAAGAGAUGGAAGACCGUCAGGUCCAGGUCCCUUAUGGGGUUGCAUCUUGAAGAGAGCUUCUUUCACCCCUGAGGAGUAAAUUUUCCUUCACACCAACUGAUAUGAACGAGAUUCAAUUUCCCCUUCACCACAGAGCAGACAUCAUGAAUGUUUGUAGGGAGGGAAGAGGAAAAUAAUUAGGAGAACUAAUUUACCAAGAGUCUUUCAUAGUGUUCGUCUCCUCUCCACCAACAUCCAUUGUCGUCUUCUAGCUUCUUGAUUGUAUUUGUUUUCCUUCUUUGAUAUGGUUUCUCGUGGAAAAACUUUGUGUUUCUAUCACCAUGUUUUAGCUAAAGCGCCCUACUUCGUUGCCUCCAGAUAACCUCUUUGACUUAUAGUAGAUUAUUUCUUUGACUUUCUAAUGCCUUAUAAGUAUUGAUAUCUUCCGCACUGGCAUCCCAUAUGCUAUCACCCUUCAGCAACUCCUCAAUACUUCUUAUUUCUUUGCUAACUGAGCUGAUUUUGUACUCCUUGAAAAAGCCGUCUAAGCUUUGCCUUGCAUUGCAGCCAACUUGUUAUGGUCCCUGGUAGCUAGUUGUUCCACAGUUGGUCCAUAAAGUUUUCACAUCUAGGGUCUCUACUCCAUAGUUCUUCAAACCUGAAAAAUGUGUCCUCAUUUUCUAUCUUUACUCCCAGUAUCAGCUUCCAAUUCGAUUCUGAUCGCAGCAUGGUCUGAACCAUAGCGGGAGAGAUCAUUCACUCUACUAGGGGAAAAUCUUUUGACAAAACUCUUAGACGCCAAACUCCUAUCUAGCCUGCAUUGAACCUUAUGACUCUCUUGUCAUCCAUUUGUCCGAGUGAAGGGGUACCUUCAAUGCCCAAAUCGGUAAGACCACAAAGAUCCAUUAUUUGACGCCCCAAAGAAAGUUGGCUAGAAGUUAUGUUAUUCCCACCUCUUUUCUCAUGAUCAAACAACACAUCAUUUAAAUCCCCAAAAAUAAUAAAUCUAGCACCACCCCUUAACCACUUCUUGAAUUAACAACCAAGUUUUCCUCUUGUCGUGUUCCUCCGAGAAGCCGUAAAUUCCACUAAAAUAUCAUUCCUGAUUAUCACUGUCAUCUACCACUAAUCCCCCUAUAUGAUUGAAGGAGUAAGAGACAACGUUGAGCUGAAUCUUCUCCUUCCGCAAAAGAAUUAGACCCCCCUAUAUGUUGGUUAGUCUUUAAUUGUUGUUGUAUUUUAGAUAGUUGAAUUAUAUUGCUUUAAAAUUAUACCCUCUAUUGUAUAUGUUUAACCCUCUAUUGUUGUUGUAUUUUUUUUUUUUUUUUUUUUUAGUUCUGUCCUUGAAGGAUAUAUCUUUUGCUUCUGCAAUUGUAUUGUUGGGUGUACCUUGAGUACAAAUUAUAAUAUACCAUUGAUUAUUAAAAAAAAACAUUUUUUUAGCUCUUCAAAAAAAGAAAAAAAAUUUAAAAAUUCAAAACUUAAAUUAACCUACAUUCUACCUGGUUCUUUUUAUAAGAAAUAUAUGAAAUAAGUAUACCAAUUUUUAUUGACUAAGCUUUUAAGAAAUUAAGUAGACGAUUUUAUUCCAAAUUGGUAGAACCGGACAAUACUGAGAAUAUUCUGGUGUAUGCCGUUCCAAUUCAGCGGUACCGAAUUUAGUAACUAGUGCAUUAUACACUCACAACAACAACACCUAAUCCAACGG